CUCCCUCACUAGUCAUCGCGUCCUCGGAGACUUUAAGGCUCCACUCCCAAAUUUCUCCUCCAAAGUUUCUCGUACGAUCUCUCUCCUCUUUCCGAUCUAAAACCCUAGGAAAUGGCUGUUAGAGCUUUAGGAGGAUUUCUGGUUCUGCUUUCUGUGAUUGCGAUCUGCGAAGCUGCUUCUGUCUUUCAGCCGAUCACGGACGCUCACCGAUCCGCGGCUCUAGAGCUUUUUAAGCCCACCGAUGGAUCCUUUGGCAGUUUGGAAGAGGCAUAUGGGGCCCUAAGAUCAUUUGAGAUUCUUGGAAUUGAUAAGAAGCCUGAUAUAAGCAGCGCCACUUGUGAUUCUGUUCUUGAAACUCUUGGUUCAUCAUCUUCAUCUCCAAAGGAUUUGUUCCACGCCUUAAGAGUUAAUGGCAUUUUGAAAUGCAACGUUAAGGAGGAUGCUUUUGAGAGUGUUGUUUCAAGACUUAAAGCUGCAAUUAGCAGUGCAAGUUCGUUGCUUGAGUUUUACUACUCAAUCGGAAGUUUGGAACUCAUUAAGGGUCAAAGUUCUAACGUCAAUGUACUUCUUAGUGAUGCUGAUGGAAUCUUUCGUUCCAUCAAGGCUUUGAGCCAGAGUGAUGGAAGGUGGCGCUACAGCUCUAAUAACCCUGAGUCUAGUACCUAUGCUGCAGGAUUGGCGCUUAAAACACUUGCUGGUGUUGUUUCUUUGGCAUCAUCUGAAAUUGAUCAGUCAUUGAUUGGCACAUUGAAAAAUGAUAUAACGAAGCUCUUUGACAGCGUUGAAAAAUAUGAUGAUGGAGCCUUUUAUUUUGAAGAAAAAGUUGUCGAGGCAUACGAGCAUCAUGGUCCUCUUGCAACUACCUCUUCAGUUGUUCGAGGGUUUACUGCAUUUGCAGAUGUGACUUUUGGAAAUAUAAAACUUCCAGGGGACAAGAUAUUGGGUUUGGCAAAAUUCUUUCUUAGCAUCGGCAUUCCUGGUGAUACCAAAGGCUUUUUUGACCAAGUAGACUCGUUAGCUUGCCUGGAAAACAACAGGGUUUCUAUCCCACUGAUUUUAUCACUUCCGGCUACCGUGCUUUCCCUGUCUAAGAAGGAUCAGCUCAAGGUUAAAGUAAGUACCGUUCUUGGUUCAAAUGGACCUCCUCUGACAGUGAAGCUGGUGCGAGCUUCCAGCUCUGGUUCAAAGGAUAGUUCAGUAAUUGAGAGUCAGGAGCUCAAGUUUGACAAAGAAAGUGCAUCCCACUCUUUAGAUUUGCCAAAGAGUGUUGAUGUUGGAAGAUACGCGUUUGUUUUUGAGGUGGUCCUUCAUGACUCAGAGCAUGAAAAAGUUUAUGCUACGGGAGGCCAGACUCAAGUACCAGUUUUCAUUACAGGAAUUAUCAAAGUAGACAACGCAGAAAUUGUAGUACUUGAUAGUGACCUCGGGAGUGUGGAAUCCCAGAAAAAACUCGAUUUAGCUGGUGAAAAUGUUGUCUCACUGUCAGCCAACCACCGUCAAAAACUGCGCCUAUAUUUUCAACUAACUACUCCCCUUGGGCAAGUUUUUAAGGCUCAUCAGGCAUUUCUUAAGUUGAGACAUGAGAGCAAAGUUGAACAUAUAUUUGUGGUCGGGAACUCUGGCAAGAAGUUUGAGAUACUUCUAGAUUUUCUUGGGCUGGUGGAGAAGUUUUACUAUCUAUCAGGUAGUUACGACAUUCAGCUAACUGUUGGUGAUGCUGUAAUGGAAAACUCUUUCUUAAAGGCUAUUGGGCAGAUUGAAUUGGAUCUACCAGAAGCCCCUGAAAAGGCCCCACGUCCUCCUCUACAGCCUGUUGAUCCCUACUCAAGAUAUGGGCCCAAAGCAGAGAUUAGUCAUAUCUUCAGGGCUCCAGAUAAGCGUCCACCAAAGGAGCUCUCCCUUGCUUUCUUGGGUCUUACCUUUGUGCCGCUGCUUGGAUUUUUUAUUGGGUUAUUACGUUUAGGGGUGAAUUUUAAGAACUUCCCUUCUUCAGCAGUACCAACCACAUUUGCUAUUCUUUUCCAUGUUGGCAUCGCGGCUGUUCUAUUGCUUUACGUGCUUUUCUGGUUGAAGUUGGACCUAUUUACGACACUGAAAGUGCUUGGUUUCUUGGGAGCUUUCUUGCUUUUUGUGGGGCACAGAAUUCUUUCGCAUCUAGCCUCUACAUCAAACAAGUUGAAAUCUGCUUGAGACAUCAACAAAGUAAUUCAUCGUUUCUAGAGUAACAGCGGGGAAUUUUUCAUCCAAUUUUGUAGGACUGUUAUGUUAUUUCUAUCCGUUGAGAAAUCUAUUACACACAAAAUAGAAACAAAGCUGUAUCCGCUGCCUUGGAUCUUUGCACAUCUUGGGUAAUAGAGAUUUUAACAUUGCGUAACUUAAAAGAAAAAAGUUUUAACUCA